AUCUUUCGCUAACUGGACCCCGCCACAGCACACACUUGCCCUCCUGGGGCUGCUGGGACUCAUCCGCCUCAAACUCGAUGUUUACAACAGCUUUCCCGACUUAAUCCAGGGAUCAUCUAUGGCCACUACUGGCAAAGAAGGAAUCGCCACUGAAAGCCCAUGGAUAUCAGUGACUCCUGGUGGUCUGUGGGAGGUACAGAGGAGGUGGACUGAACCAAGGAAACAAGGUGACCACACUCCUCUAAUGGGCUCUGUUUGCAAGAUCAGGAUUUGCCUAAAGAGCCACAGAGAAAUCAUUACCCAGUCUCAGAACCCUAAUGAACCUGAGCUGGCAGUCAGUGCUGAUUCUGAGGAGCAGGUCACGCAGCAUCCUCGUUCCCAGCAGUCAGUGCUGCAGGUUCCGUUGGAUAGGUGGAUCCUGCUGCGCAUGGGAGACGGCCAGUGCGACAUCAUGGAAAGCUGUCUGGAGGGAAUGAGAGCUGGAGAGACCUGUGAGGUUACUGUAAGGGCCUGUCAGAAGGAUUCUAGGCAAGUGCCCAGUGAUGGCCGUGGUACCCAGUCGGACUGGACAGGAGGGGAAGGAAAAUCUCUCCCGCCUCUUUGUUUCUUUCUACAGCUUCACUCAUUCAGCCCAGGGCAAGAGACCUGGUUGAUGACCCCAGCAAAUAAGUGGGCCUGGGUGCAGUCUCAUAAGAAGAGGGGCACCGAGCGGUUCAGGAAGGGGGACAUUUGGGGUGCUGCCCAUUCCUACUGUUGUGCAGUUAAACUGGUCAUCACUCUGAAGGGACAGACCAGAGGAGAUGAAGUGGACCGAGGGGACCAAGAUGGAGCUGAUUUAACAUCACAACAUGUCAAGGGAGAGGAAGCUGGAGAGAAAGAGGCAAAGGGCACCCAAGGCUCUCACAUUCCUACCGAAGAGGAGUACAGAACUAUGAAAGUGGAACUGCAUUCCAAUCUAUCCCUGUGCCAGCUCAGGCUAGGCCAGCCAAUAAAGGCUAGAGACAGUAGCUCCAAAGCCACUGAACUGGACCCAGUGAACGUUAAAGCCUGGUACCGGCAUGGCCAAGCCUGCCUACAGCUGAAAGACUUUGAGGAAGCCCGCCAAUCUUUUGGUAAGGUUCUAGAACUACAGCCAGAUUCUGCCUCAGCCCUCAAUGCCUUGAAACAAGUGAAUGCAAAAGCGAAAGAGUUUGACAGUAAGCUUGGUCACAGGCUAAGUAAAAUGUUCAGCUGAGGAACUGUUGCUUUUGUAGAGGACUUUAAUGCAAAUGAAUAAGGGUGUGGAGAAAAGAAAUGUAAAUAAAAAAAUACGUUUUUUUUCCACUGAAAAAUGUUAGCAAUUUUAAAACACUAAAUACUUAUAUAGGGUAGGGGUGUGUGAGAAAAAUAUAACACUCAUUCCAAAAUACAAGAUACCAAGAAACUCAUUGUGUGAACAUUUAUAAGCUUACUAUUUUAACCCACAAAAAAAAAAAUUCGUUGUGUAGCAUUGAUGUGUUCUGCAGAAAUAAAGUUUGACAUGAAUAUUGGUGGACUUGUCGAAAGGCUAACAUUAUAUUUAUAAAAAUGAUCCUAAUAGUGUGGUAAUGUUGUUUGUUUAUUACAUAAUUAAAUCCAUAUCGCACAUAAAGCAUGACGUUUAAACACUAGAUGUUCCAUUAUACCAUUGUAUUAAAU